AUGUGCGUCCUGGCGGGACGGUUUUCCUGGUCUUGUUUGGCUGUUGGCAUUCUUGUCGCUCAUUGCGAAGAAUGUUUGAACAACGACACCUUUGCAGCUUUGCAAGCCGUCAGUGCGCGCUCUGAGGCGCCAGGUCCACCUGCUGGCUUGGGCGAGGGCGGGAAUCCGGUGACUCUGAUGAAAGACGUCUCGAAUGUCGACAUCGACGACGAAGUCCUUGCCUGCAGCGACCCAAAGUGGAAGCCAGGUGGGGGAAUGUGGACUUUUGAGCAGAUCGCAGAGGCUUUCAUGGAGUUUGGCUACAAGAAGUUCUACGAACCUGGGAGCACAGCUGAUGCAGUAUCUGCUUGUGUCGCUUCCUUGACCAUAGCGGCUGGUGAGUGUCAAGAGACACAUCAUAGUUUGGGCGUUGGCUGCGACGCACAAGCCACGUAUGACUCGGGUGUUUUUCAGCUCGACUUCCUCCGUGCACCAUUCACCCCGCUCGGAGACAAAGUGCAAGCGCAGAUCAACAAGGAUGGAAACAUGAUAAACCUUUGCAUCAGUGGCUUUGGUGCCGGCUUCAUCACUGCUGCGCCCUACACCUCGAGCGCCAAGAAGGGUGUUGCAUACCUUGAGAAGACAUCCAUUUACACAUGCAUGGGUAGUCCAGCUGAUGUGAAUGCCUACUCUUGUCCUGACCCUCUAGCCAAACCAGGAGUGACCUACGCGAACUUCAUAGGCACUUUCUGCCACAAGGGUUAUUUGCAGAACGAUGCGGAGGGUAAAAAGCCCUGCAGCCUCACGCAGACAACUCCACGCUGUUGCGGUGUUUUCAUGGGCGGUGCCAAUGGCUACCAGCUGGCUCCAUUCCCGGAGUACUAUUUCAUGAAGGCCCAAGAGCACUUGAGCAAGAUGCGUGGCAAGAGCUUUAAGACCAUUUGUGAGAAGGUCGUUGAAGAUUUGGAAUCAACUACCUAA